UCAUAGAAGGAACCUUCAGACACAGACAUGCGGAUGUUAUUUGGUAGAAAACAGCCGACCACGUGUUUUAAUGAAAUAAACAAAUUUUCGCGUCCGCUUUAGACAUUAACACCAACACCUCUGGACUAUUUAUUUUUCAUUCAACAUGUGCAGUAAUUAUCCCACGCCGCUUUACUCCCACGCUGGACGCGGAAGCUUCCAGGAUGUGUACGAGCCUGCAGAGGACUCCUUUCUGCUGAUUGAUGCCCUGGAGAAAGAUGCAGAGAGGCUGCUGCACAUGAGCCCCUGCGUGUGUUUGGAGGUGGGCUGCGGGUCUGGGGUCGUCUCUGCAUUCCUUGCAUCAGUGGUUGGACCUUCAGCUCUCUACCUAUGUACUGAUGUGAAUCUAGCUGCAGCGCAGUGCACAGCCACAACCGCUUCCUGUAACCGGAUCUCACUGCAGCCCGUCAUCACAGACCUGGUGGACAGUCUCCUGCCUCGGCUGUGUGGGAAGGUGGACGUCCUCCUCUUUAACCCUCCGUAUGUGGUCACUCCUUCAGAAGAGGUGGGCAGCAGAGGUAUAGAGGCUGCCUGGGCCGGCGGGGAACGAGGCAGAGAGGUCACCGACAGAUUUCUUCCUCUGGUUGCUCAGCUGCUCUCCACUAAAGGCCUGUUUUACCUCAUCACCAUAGCUGAGAACAAUCCAGAGGAAAUCAUCGGGUUAUUAGGCCAAUGUGGACUGGAAGGAGGAGCCUGCUUGUCUACCAGAGCUGGAAAUGAAAGGCUGUCUGUCCUGCGCUUCCAUAGAAACCAGCUGACCUGUUUCACCACAGAGUCCUGAGAAAGGUAGG